GGACGAAAGAAAAGGUUUCGAGGCUUUUUAAAGCUGAGCUGGUCCCCCGGUUCUCGUGGGCGGCCGUCUUGGCGCCAGCAGGGUCUUCCUUUAUCUAAUCGGCGCUUCCUAAUCGAUAAGCCACAAAAAAGUUCGCGACUCUUGGACACUCAACCAUCCAUCCCACUGUCUUAGCAGCCGAGUCCGUAGCUUGCCAGAACUGCUGUACAGCACGCAUAAAGCCCCCUUGCGCCUCUCUUUUGGAAAACCAACACGGUCUUGACUCAUACAACCAAUUACUCGCAAUCAUGUCGCGUCCUGAGGAUGAUCUCGCCGCAGACAUCCACUACGAUGAUGUCGAAGCCCGCAAAUACACAACGUCCUCUCGUAUCCAGAAUAUCCAAGCGUCCAUGACGCAUCGAGCGCUCGAGCUUCUUGAUCUAUCCCACCCCUCUUUCAUCCUCGACAUUGGCUGCGGUAGCGGUCUCUCCGGCGAGAUCCUCUCCUCCGAAGAGGGCGGGUCACACGUCUGGGUCGGCAUGGACGUCAGUCCCAGUAUGUUGGACAUUGCCCUCCAGAGGGACGUGGAGGGAGACCUCAUGCUGGCCGACAUUGGGCAGGGCGUGCCCUUCCGGGCCGGUACCUUUGACGCGGCGAUCAGCAUCUCCGCCAUCCAAUGGCUAUGCAGCGCCGUCGACAGCGAGUCGAGUCCCGCGGGGCGACUGACCCGGUUCUUCAACGGCCUGUACGCGAGUCUGAAGAGGGGCGGCCGGGCCGUGUGCCAGUUCUACCCCAAGAACGACCAGCAGAAGAAGAUGAUCACCGAGGCGGCGGUCAAGGCUGGUUUCGGCGCCGGUUUGCUCGAGGACGACCCCGACACCAAGAACCACAAGCUCUACCUCGUGCUGACGGUGGGUGGUACGCAAGGCAGUGACAUCACCAACGUGGUGGACGGCAUGGAUGGCGUGGAUGUCAUGGAUGCGCGCAAGAAGAUCAAGGCGGAGAACGGCACCGUGAAGAAGGGCAGCAAGGCGUGGAUCGUGAAGAAGAAGGAACAGAUGGAGAGGAAAGGAAAGGUGGUCAAGUCGACAUCCAAGUACACUGGUCGCAAGCGAAAGCAUUUGUUCUAGUCUAGAGGGGCGGAGGUGGGUCUGGUGGUUACAUGGCACGGCGUUCCGGUUAGUCGAUCAAGCACGUAUGGAUGAUACCCUUUCAACGGGAUGAUUGAAUGACACAACAUUGUCUUGUUCUUUCUUUCUUUCUUGCUUUCUUAAUUUCUAAAGUCUGGUCUACUCCGCUACCGCCGCGGGCCCGUGCGACUCGGGCUUCAUCGUGGGGAACGCCAGGACCUCCCUGAUACUCC